AUGGAUUUCAAUUAUUGCCUUCUUGCUUUACUUAUGUUAAAUGUCCUUCUAUUUUCACAAUGUAAUCUCACAGUCCAGGCUGCGGAAUCUAUUUCUGGCUCACCCCCGGAUCCAAUUCCUCCACGUGAUGUUUGGAAUAAGUUGAAAGUUGUGUCCAAGAGGAUUCAGGCAUCAUCUCCACCAUCACCUAGGAUUAAUGCUCCUUAUCACUUAAAGAGUCCUCCUCCAUCUCCUCGACGCCCUCCACCACCAUCCCCACCACGAGCACCACCACCACCACCUUCAUCCCCGUGCCAACCACCCAUAUGA